UCCGUUUGCGGCGUGAUAAGUGUAAAGAGCAAUAUACAACAUUUUUUGCAGGAUUUGAAUUUGACGCAAUAGAGUUGAGACUGCGGCACGGUGGGCGCCCUCGAUGACUUCGGGGUGUGCCCAAUUUGAUCACAAGUUAACGGGUUGUCUUUUAAGUCUUGCGAAAUCAUGCGACAACUAUUCAACUCGGUUUAGUGAGAGCAAUGCCUUUUGGAGUUGGGAAGUUAAUAUAAAGUUAUUUACGCGUUGAUCAAAUUUCCCAAUCUUGCACAAUUCUUGGCACGAUACUGCAGUAUUGUUUUAUGAUGACGACUGUAUAAAUCAAAUAUGACCUUAUUUAGUUCGUACAUUUAGGCUGUGCUUCUCAGUUAUACAGUAACUGCAGCGUAAUUACAUAAGAUAUGCCACACAAUGCCACGCCGCCCAUAAUUCAUAAAUAGAUCUGGUCAUACAAGAAAGAAUGCAUGACUGUAAUGAAGUGCAGCCAGCACAAAGUGAAGGUAGUUAGCAGGACUGCUUGUCAGUUCUGAGAUUGUAAAUUCAAAUCUCCUGCCUUUUUGUGCAAAUUUUACAUGUUCUCUCUAUGCUUCCUUCCACAUGAUAAAAACAUUUGUGUGGCCCAUUGAAGACUUCAAGUUUACCUACAAGUACCUUCAUUAUUAAUUUGGGGUACUCCGCCUCGUAGGAAACGCAAUUUCGAUCUCUUUGUGUGUCUUGACUUUGAAUAGUAGUUAUAGUCCCAGUAGUGUAAAAGCAAACACACACCCAUGCGUGUAUGUACACACAGUCAAAUGUGUGAUGGCGACACACAAAUGAUCCUGUGGCAGCCCACGGGCCCUCUUGUGAGGUAUAGAGUAGAGUAAUGUCCUAACAGUAUUUGCAUAUUUCAUCAUCUAAUGUUUGUCUUGUUGAAUUUCCCUUUGAUGGCAUAGAUGGAUGGAUAGCCUAAGAUGUAAUUUAAAAGUAAACUACAAAUAAAUACAAAUUAAAAUAAAUUAUAUCCUGUAACUGAGUGAAGAGAUUGUCAUCAGUAAAAUAAUUUAAGUUAAAAAAAGAAAAACACAUAAAAAGUAAACAAAGCCUUCUGAUUGUGUAAAGGCAAUCCGUAAAAAUAUUCAUUAAACAAAAUUGAAUUGUGCCCCAUGAUUGAAUGGAAGAUGCAAAUUAAAUUGACAGAUAACUUCAAUUAAAUUAAAUCUACAAAGGUCAACAACCUGAGGGAGUAUGGGUAGACAUCAUGCAACCAUUUCCGUGUAAGAGGAUCCACAUGGGCAGGAAAUAGUGAGCUAUGCAGUGCGGUUGGUUUAAUUACAGGUGUCUUCAAACAAAAGAAAAAAAAAAACAACUCUUAAUGGGAUUAGCUGGAACCAAGAGAACCUGUCGACAGGUGUACGCAAGAGCCUCCAUGGGACGAUGAAGGACAUGAAUUAUUGAGCUGGAGCUCUCUAUUCAUCUCACUAUGGCAGCGAUUGGAAAACGCGGAACAGUGACGGAGGCAGCUGGAUUCGACCCAGAGGCAGACGCCCAGAAACUUCGCGAAGCUAUGAAGGGAGCUGGCACCGAUGAGGCUGUCGUCAUUGAGGUACUAGCGCACCGCACUAUCGCCCAGAGGCAGCGUAUCAAGGAAGCCUUCAAACAGGCGGUGGGGAAGGACCUGGCCGAUGAGCUGUCCUCGGAACUGAGCGGGAACUUCCGGAGCGUGGUGCUGGGUCUGCUCAUGCUGGCGCCUGUGUACGACGCCUACGAGCUGCAAACCUCCAUGAAGGGAGCUGGAACAGAGGAGGCGUGCCUGAUCGAUAUUCUGGCUUCCAGGUCUAAUACUGAAAUCCAAACAAUCAAUGCAGCUUACAAGAAACAAUAUUCCAAGAACCUGGAGGAGGACGUGUGUGGAGACACGUCAGGAAUGUUCCAGAGAGUUUUGGUCUCUUUACUCACGGCUGGACGUGAUGAAAGCGACAAAGUGAACGAGGCCCUAGUGUUGCAGGAUGCCAAGGAAAUCUACGAGGCAGGGGAGGCUCGAUGGGGCACGGACGAGGUGAAAUUCCUGACCGUACUCUGUGUCAGGAACAAGAAGCAUCUGUUACGAGUGUUCGAAGAGUACCAAAAAAUUUCCGGGAAAGACAUUGAGGAGAGCAUCAAGAGGGAAAUGUCAGGUUGCCUGGAGGAUGUUUUUCUGGCCAUAGUGAAAUGUAUCAGGAACAAACACGCCUUCUUUGCCGAACGUCUGUACAAAUCAAUGAAGGGUCUGGGCACCACCGACAGUGUGCUCAUAAGGAUCAUGGUGUCGAGGGCCGAGAUUGACAUGUUGGACAUCAAGGCGCAGUUCCUGAAGAUGUACGGCAAGUCUCUACAUUCAUUCAUUAAGGGCGAUACGUCUGGGGACUACCGCAAUAUCCUUCUGGAACUGUGUGGAGGAGAGUGAAAAGAAACACCACAGAGAGGAAGAUCAGCCAUCCACGUUGUUCCACGUCGUGGAUGACUCUCACUUUCCUCCCCAUCAUCUCCUACGGCCUUUACAUUUCUCAACUUCAACUGACCACCGUGCCUUGUUUUACUGUAUCUAAGACCAAUUAAACCAAAGACCAGUGACCUUUUA